GAGAAAGAAGAAGAAAUGAUCUCAUCGAGGACGGAAGCGAUUUUUAUCAUCGGCAUACAUACCGUACAGAACAUCAUAGGCCUACUCCGCUUCUCGUAUGGGUUCCAUAGAACGGGCUCAGAGAACAUGGGACUCAAACUAGACGUCUGUCUCGGAGCCGAGUCCUUCGCAAACAUCCUCAGUGACGUGAUCAUCAUGUUCCUGCUCUGGCAAGAAGAAAACGGAGCUGGAAUGGACGUGCGCUCUGUGCGAACCACGGAAACAAUUCGAGGAAGUUUGACCAACAAACAAAUGACUCGAGUUCUCGGCUUCUUCGUUGCAUGGAACGCUAUUGCGGUGCAUAUCUGCGCGUUUGGCAACUUGACAGGCCUGAUGUACCCGCCCAAAUGGUACACCCACGUGAAUGCAAACGAGCUAUCGGCGAGAGAGAAGGUGAAGAUUGUGGCGUUUUGGGCACCGCUGAUCAUCUUCCUUGCGUUUUGGAAGCUGUACUACACGAGCCUGAUCUACGAGUUCUACUUGUACUACAAGGCUACCAAGGGCAGGCCUUUCGACUACUGCGCUACCACGCAGAUAGGCAGCGGGUUCCACGCGUCCGUCGCCACUGAGGAUCGCAGAACCUUUAGCCCUAGCAAGACGCUCAAUCUGACCAGCGAUCCAGUGCGACGACAUUCCAUAACCGCCGAGAACCGCGGCGCCGUCCAUUCGAAAGGAAGGCGGGCGUCCUACGCUGACAGACCACGGCGACUCUCAGCCGCUGCCGACGAGCGAACCGAUCCAGGAGCCAUGGAAAUGCCGCGCAGGCACAGCGUCAGCUCGCGGAGACAGUCUGUCGCCGCUGACGGUACCGCUGCCGGGGGUGUCGCACAGCGACGAAUGUCCUAUGGCGGCGGUUCGCGACGGCAAUCCGUUCGCGAGGACCAAACGUCCCCCCCUGGCGCAGCCCCAAUCCCGAAGCGAGGGACAGCAGGCGGUUCGCGACGUCAGCCCACCGACACCGCGGACGGUGGAGCUGAAUUUUCCCCAAAAAUCCUUUCACCCGAUGAUAACGUUCGGCAAAAGCGUCCGCCUCCGAAAAGCCCCGCAGCCACUGGCGCGUCGGCAAGAGCCAGGAAACACGGCAGCCAUGCUCCGAAGCGUUCCGUCUCCGGUGAAGACCGCUCGGACGUUGGCGCACCAGGCAGGCUGCGACGGAGCACUGGCCGUCGGCAUUCCAAUGUGCCAGAAGGCGAACUCAUGGGCGCCGUGGCAGGAGCAGCUAAAAAGACCCGUGACCGAACUCAGCGGCAGUCAGGAGCCGAGGACGAUCGUCCUUAACGUCAGCCCGAAGGAAGGAAGACCGGCACCUUACAUGUGACCGGACCGUCCCUUAUGCUUAAGAAUGUGUCUGUUUUGUUUCUUUUUUGCAUUCCGUCGGGCUUCCGAUGAAUAAUUUGAAAGGCUCAACACACUGGUUAUCUUACGAUGUCGCGGCUCUUAACGCUCAUAUACCCAUCUUUGA